CGAUCUUUUGCCCGGCUCCCCGGCCUAGCUGGCUCAGGAGAGGAGGUUCCCAGGGCUCCCUUUGUUGGCGUUUUGCCCACGCGUUGUAGUCGGGACUCUGACAACGUGGUGAGAGCGGGUUGGGGAUUGUAGGAGGCACCGGCUUUGUGCUGGGGUGAUGCAACGCGGGUGAAUGCGGGGGCUUUCUCAUUCCGAGCGGCUUGGCUCGUGUCGUUGAACACAAUUGUGCAGAAUGCGUUCCCGGCAGUGAGUCUGAGGCGUUCAACUCCAAGGUUGAUGCCAGUUAGAAGAAUGCUCUCCACUGAACUUUCGGGCACCAUUUGUUACGCAGGAUGUCUCUGAGUGAGAACACAGUUUUUGCUUAUGAAUCUUCAGUGCACAGCACCAAUGUCUUGCUGAGCCUCAACGACCAGCGCAAGAAGGAUGUGCUGUGCGACAUCAGCGUCUUUGUGGAGGGGCAGCGAUUCCGCGCCCACCGGUCGGUGCUGGCGGCGUGGAGCAGUUACUUUCACACACGCAUUAUAGGCCAGGCUGAGCCGGAUCUGAGCAUUACCCUUCCGGAAGAGGUGACAAUUAAAGGAUUUGAACCUUUGAUUCAGUUUGCCUACACUGCUAAACUGAUUUUAAGUAAAGACAAUGUGGAUGAAGUGUGCAAGUGUGUCGAGUUUUUAAAUAUACACAAUAUUGAAGAAUCCUGCUUCCAGUUUCUGAAAUUCAAGUUUUUGAACUCAACUGCAGACCAACAAGAAUGCCAAAGAAAAAAAUGCUUUCCAUCAUACUGUCAGAAAAAAGACCUUAAAUUUUCACUUGUGGACCAGAGGGAUCUAGACGUUGAUGAAGUGAAAGAAUUUGUGGAAAACAAAAACGCUCCGAUUCCCCAGUCUAAACUCCGCCGGUAUCAAGACGAUGCCAAGGUGGCACCUCCCCUCCAAGAUAGUGCCAGUCAGACGUAUGAGUCCAUGUGCCUAGACAAGGAUGCUAGUCUGGCUCUGCCGUCUCUGUGUCCCAAAUACAGAAAGUUCCAGAAGGCUUUUGGAACCGACCGAGUCCGUACAGUGGAAUCCAGUGUGAAGGAUGCUCGUGCCGCUUCCGUUCAGCCUAAUGAGACAUCGGAAAAUGAAUGUCUGGGAGGAGUCCAGGACUGUGCAGACUUACAGGUGAUUUUAAAAUGUGAGGAAAGUAAAUUGUCAUCAGAACACGAAGAAACGAAGGUGAAAGACCCUGCCUCUCAGUGCUCAGCCGGCAAAGCAGAUGUGACUCCUUUGGCCCACAAUUCCUCUACAGACCCUCAUGGACUCUACUCUCUGUCUCUUUUACAAACGUAUGACCAGUAUGAGGACUUGGCUUUUCCUGCAGUGUUAACAGAGAAGCCUUUAUCAAGUACAGAUGUUCGAGAAGAGAAAGCAUUUGGGGAAAGCCAGGAUUUACAUCAGAAACCCGAGCCAGGCCCCAGAGAAGACGGUGGCCACGCAUCUAGUGAUCGGAGUAGUGUGGAACGAGAAGUGGCAGAACACUUAGCCAAAGGCUUCUGGAGUGACAUUUGCAACACAGACUCUCCUUGCCAGAUGCAGCUGUCACCUGCCGUGGCCAAAGAGAGCUCAGAACAGAUCUAUUCGCAGAAACGCUCGGAGUGUCCCUGGUUGGGUAUUAGGAUCAGCGAGAGUCCAGAGCCGCCUCAAAGGACUUUUACAACAUUAAGUUCUGUGAACUGCCCUUUUAUAAGUACUUUGAACAAUGAAGGCUGUUCAAGCAGUUUGGAGAUUGGAAGUGAUGAUUAUGUGUCGGAGGCCCAGCAGGAACCUUGUCCAUAUGCUUGUGUUAUCAGCUUGGGCGAUGACUCCGAGACAGACACGGAAGGAGACAGUGAGUCCUGCUCAGCCAGAGAGCAAGAGUGUGAGGUUAAACUACCAUUUAAUGCACAACGAAUAAUUUCACUCUCUCGGAAUGAUUUCCAAUCCUUGUUGAAAAUGCACAAGCUGACUCCAGAACAACUGGAUUGUAUCCAUGAUAUUCGAAGAAGAAGUAAAAACAGAAUUGCUGCACAGCGCUGUCGCAAGAGAAAGCUUGACUGUAUACAGAAUCUGGAAUCAGAAAUUGAGAAACUGCAAAAUGAAAAGGAGAGCUUGUUGAAGGAAAGAGAUCACAUUUUGUCCACUCUGGGUGAGACGAAGCAGAACCUCACCGGACUCUGCCAGCAAGUCUGCAAAGAAGCAGCUCUCACUCAGGAGCAGAUACAGAUACUGGCCAAGUACUCCGCCUCGGACUGCCCACUUUCAUUCUUGAUUUCUGACAAAGAAAAAAGUACUUCUGAUGGUGAACUUGUACUCCCAUCCAUUUUUAUCUUGUCUGAUGGGCGUCUAGGUGUGUUGCCUCCCAGCGGGAGGGGAACUAGUGAGCCUGGUGGUGUGCGUGGGCAGGAGUUGCAGCCUGCUCCCACGGCUGGCCCCGAGCAGGCCCAGCCCGGGCCCGAGGAGCAGUGUCGGCAGAGUGGUGGCAUCUCAGAUUUCUGCCAGCAGAUGACUGACAAGUGUACAACGGACGAGUAAAUUUGCAUUCAUUUCCUUCAAACCAUCCAAUUUUCUAUGGAAGUUUUGGUAUUGCUUUGAAAACUAGUGUGGCUAUCUAUCACUUACCAAUGUUGUUUUCCGCCCUGGUAGUUUGUCAUAAAGAAAUUUCUCUUAUGCCUGAAUUCUUCUAAAUUCCCAUGGGAAUGGAGACACAAACGAUUUGUCUCUUGAGUACUGACAAAUCACAUGUGAAAAUGUACGCCUUUUGAAAACUAUAUUUUAAAAACAAGUAACUAUUGUUAACAGCUCCUCCCAGUAUUUAAAAAAAAAAAAAGAUAGCAAUGUAAAAGCUGGAAACGUCUUCUGAUUCUGUCAAAGAAGUGGCUUGUAGAAGUUUAAUAAUUUGACCUGUUCACAGUAUGCUGAUUUAACAGAAAGUUUCGUCCUGAGCCGUGCUAAUAGAGUUCUGUUGUACUAGGAAAUAGUCGGUCAGCUUGUUGGAUGGACGUGUGUACCCAGAGCUGCAGUUUUGUUUUAAUCCUUGAGCUUUGCUCUUCAGCUCGACGGGGAGAGGUUUCCUAGACUUCUUUGUGAUCCCGAGUCUC